AUGAAUCCAGAAGAUGAUCAUGACCGGUCCUCCUCGACGCCGAAUGGCACCUCCAAGCAAGGAUCUGCCCAGGACAAGCCUCGCCUGACCGAUCAAGAAAAGAAGAGCAAUCAUAUUGCCUCGGAACAAAAACGCCGUGCAGCUAUUCGGGAAGGCUUCGAUCGUUUGACAGAACUAGUCCCCGGUUUGGAGGGGCAGGGUCGGAGUGAGAGUAUAGUUCUACAGAAGACCGUGGACUUCAUCCACGUGAAGCUUCGAGAGCGCCAUGAGCUCAUCGCAGAGAUCGAGAGCAAAGGUGGUCGCGUAGACGACUCCUUCCGCCCAACAUGA